CCGGCCGGGCUAGAGGCGCGGCGCCGCGCGGGGCGGGGGCGCAGUCCCGGGUCCGACCGGCCGAGCCCCACGCGCCCCGCCCGCGCCCUGCGCCUCCGCUCGGCCGGCGGGGGAGGGGGCAUGAGCCGGCGCCCGCUCACCGCCCGAAGCUGCAGGCGGGCCUAGAGCCCCGCGCUGACCCCGCGCGAGCUAAGCCGCCCCUGCCUCCAAGCCGCGGGCGCAGCCUAGGGCACUAGGAUGCAGCGGCCGGGGGAGCCGGGCGCUUCGCGCUUCGGCCAGCCCGAAGGCUGCGCCGACCACCGGCCACAUCGCUACCGCAGCUUCAUGAUCGAAGAGAUCCUCACCGAGCCGCCCGGGCCCAAGGGCGCCGCGCCCGCCGCUGCCGCUGCUGCCGCGGGAGAGCUGCUGAAGUUCGGCGUGCAGGCGCUGCUGGCGGCGCGGCCCUUCCACAGUCACCUGGCCGUCCUGAAGGCCGAGCAGGCUGCAGUGUUCAAGUUCCCUCUGGCGCCGCUUGGAUGUUCCGGGCUGAGUUCCGCGUUGUUGGCCUCUGGACCCGGGCUGCCCGGCGCCCCCGGCGCGUCGCACCUGCCACUAGAAUUGCAGCUCCGCGGGAAGCUGGAGACAGCAGGCCCUGGGGAACCAGGCACCAAAGCCAAGAAGGGGCGCCGGAGCCGCACUGUGUUCACCGAGCUGCAGCUGAUGGGCCUGGAGAAGCGCUUCGAGAAGCAGAAGUACCUCUCCACACCAGACAGAAUAGAUCUGGCCGAGUCCCUGGGUCUGAGCCAGUUGCAGGUGAAGACGUGGUACCAGAAUCGGAGGAUGAAGUGGAAGAAAAUAGUACUGCAGGGCGGUGGACUGGAGUCCCCCACCAAGCCCAAGGGACGGCCCAAGAAGAACUCUAUUCCCACCAGCGAGCAGCUCACAGAACAAGAGCGCGCCAAGGAAGCGGAGAAGCCAGCAGAGGUGCCGGGCGAGCCAAGUGACAGGAGCGGCGAGGACUGAGAGCACCGCACAAGGUGUGGGACUCGGGAUCCUGGCGCCUUGCGCGGCCCACUCAGCCCUCGAGAACCCACAAGCUGGCCCUUCCGCGUCCAAGCCGUUUGCGUUCUAAACGUUUUAUUAUUACCUUGAAUGCGGACAAUUAAGGGCCCAAGAAGGACACAGACCCUAAAGACAAACCCAGGCCACAGCACACUCCUGGGCCCUGAUCUUCGAGACGGGUUCAGCGCAGCGAAAGUUAGUGUGUCAGCUCUCAGCUCCGCGGUGACAAGCGCUCACGCGCAUUCACGCCCCGCUCCUUGCCUGCACCCCUACCCCGUUUUGAAACGGCCCUCCAGAGCCCGACGCCUCCUGGCACACUUUGGCUUCUGGGAGUCAGACCAGUGGCUGAGCGCAGGCCACCAGGACCUGGACAACCCAUAGGCUCUGCCUGGGAGGCUGGGUCCCGGACCGAGCUGGGGUUCCUACCCUUCUCUUGCGAAGACAGUGACUCUUUUUCCAAUAAAAUAUUUUAUG